AUGUCUUACGCACGAGCUACCGCUUCUUCCACUCUCCGGGUCGCCGCUAUCCCCUCGUCCACCUCUUCCUCUCCCCCCCUCGUAUCCUCGAAGAAGACCCUCUCCUCCUCUUCUUCCACCCCCGUCUCUAUCGCCAAACCCGCUGUCCCCUCUAUCGCCAGGAGGACCCCUUCGACUUCGACCACGACCACGACCUCGAGGCCCGCCCGGAUCGUUUCGGACUCGAAAUCGAAGACCGCUAAGUCCCAAUCCUCCUCCACUUCCGUCGUCGCUAACAAAGUUUCUAUUUCUUCUACGAUCGAGUCCAGGCAAGCUCAGCGGGCACGGGAGGCCGCUGCGAGGGAAGAGAAGAGGGCGAAGGAGGAUGCGGAGAGGAAGGAGAGGAUCGCUAGUUUGGAGGCUCGCAAGGCCGCCCUCAAACAAGCCAAAGCCAAUCGAGAGGCCGCCCUGGCCGCCCGGAUCAAGCGGGACCAGGACCGGAAGGACAGGGAGUUGAGGGAGAUCAGGAGGGGGGUCGAGGCGAUCAAGAAGGCGCUGAAGGCUUUGUCGCCGAAGAUGACCAUCACCACCCCAGAAGAGGUCCGAACCACCACCAUCCCGGCCCACAGGACCAAGGUGCCGGUCAAGUCUGCUUUGAAGAGGAGCAAGAUGGUCGACGACUGCACCGAAUCAAAAGUAGACUCGUAUGCUGACCCAUAUCAUAAUUUCCCGCUUUCACUUCUACCUUCUAUCUCUCGCCUCAUCCGACAUCCUUUCCAAAUCCGCUCUUCGACCUCCGGCCUUGAAUUCGACUACGAUCUACUAUCAAUUAUCGACCAUCAUCAUCGACUAUCGAUCAUCGGCCACACUCGCCUCCGAAUGGCCGUAAGUCUUUCGAACACCUCGGUCUCUGGCCAUGUUUUUCCGAGUCCGAAUGCUGAUCGACUUAUACUUCUCUUUGCUUCUUCCUCGGUCUGCUUUUCGGCUCGUCCAUCUCAUCGCACUACACACUACAUCGAUCUCAUACCAUACAUCGACGUCCAACUUCACCCGCCCCUUCCUCUGCGUUAUCGCCCGCUCCCCACCUCGGCCGCCUUCGGGAUCGACGACCUCCAAUUCAUCACCAAGAUGAACAAGACCUUCCCUCUCCAAGAGACCAUCAAUCAGGAGAGGAAGAUGAUGGGUCUGCCCCCUAUGGUAGUCCCUGAGUUGCCUGCCAACUGGAACUGUGAGGAGCCUAGGCAGAGGGCUUGUAGGUUUGGGAGCAGGGAGGUCAGCUGUUUCAGCUACAGGGGGGUGCCGGCUUACCACGAGGUCGUCUACCACGAGAUCACCGAUGCCGACAAGACCUUCGCCCUCCGGCUCAACGAGAAGCUCGACGUCCGGGUCGCCGAGAUCGCCAAGUCUGAACAGGCCCGCAAGGAAUCGGAAGAACAGGCUCGAAAGGCCUACCAGACGAGGACCCUUACCGAAGAGGAGAUCGCAGAGGCCCUGGUCAUGCUAGGAGAUAUCAAGAAGCGCUGCCAGGCCGACACGGUCCCUCGGAUCACCUUGUCCGUUCCCGAGUUGUAUUUGACCGAACCGGAGAACCAGGACGAGGAGGAUGCCAGGUUCGCCGAACAGCAGGCUCGACGAGUGUGGACCGACUUUUCCAGGUUGGUCAUCCCUCCUUCUAUGUGGACCGCCGACGAGAGGGGCCAGGAGAUCGAGGAUGAGGAGGAGACCUACUAG